AUGUCCAACAUUAUACCCAAUCAAAUAACAACACCCGCCACCUCAAAUCCAGCAGAGAUGGCUUCAUCACCUAAAUCCGGUCUUUCAAAAUUGGCAAAUCGUUAUAGAGGAGCCACAGUCGAAGAUCUCGACCCUCCCUCUGCCCUCUCCUGUAACCCUACCGAUCCCAUCUCAUACGCUCUUAUGAGCGCCUUCGAACGCGAUUACACACAUCUCACCGUCGUAACCCCCGACACCCGCGCUCUCCUAGGCUACCUCUCCAUUCCCCAUCUACGCAUCUUGCUCGAGACAGGAAAAGUGCAAGAAUCAGACGAGGUAUCUAAAGCCAUGGUAAAAUUCAGGAGGAAGGGAAAGGUUUACAAGGUUAUUACUAUGGAUACGCCGUUGGAAGAUUUAGAGUUAUUUUUCAGCGGGGGAGAGAAUGGCGAGGCGGGCAAACAGGAGUUUGCCGUUGUGACGGAUGAGAGGAGAAGAUUUGUGUUGGGAGUGGCGACGAAAACAGAUUUGGAGGAAUUUGCGAGGAGGAGACCUGCUUAGGAAAGAAAUGCAUAUGAUGAGAAUGGAUUGGGAAAAUGGAGUUUGGGAUAUUAAAGAGUACGGUUUUAGAAUGCAUAGCGUGGACCAAAAUUUAGGGGUACUAUCUAAUGCUGCAUUUCACCAAUUUCAUGUUUGAGUUUGACUGUUCGCAAACACUUUGCCUUUCAGUCUUUUCUUAUUCUCUGAUUCAUCGUGAUGAAUUCGAGUGUGGAUAGCGUUCAUAGCGCGUUCUCGAGCUUCCCACCAGUAUGGCAAAGCUUGCUACAUGAUUGUUAUCCAAGUUAGACU